ACUGUCAGAUGUUUUGUCUACAUAACCUAUACAUUUCAAACAUGUUUUUAAUUUUAUAAAUAGGAGUGUUUUAUUAAAAGAUAAAAUGUCUAUGCAGGCUAAAAUUGUAUUAGGAUGUGCUUGUGCAUUCUCGUUAGGGAUAGUCGGAUAUGUUCAUUAUAAACAGUAUCUUGACAGACAACAACUCCAUCAAGGUGUUUUGGUCGACAUGGAACGACGACAAAGACGAAAACAGGAAAAUCUCUACAUUCUUCAGAAGCAAAUUGACUUGACGAAAGAGAUCCAGAAAGGUGAACAAACAAACAACACCAAUAUUACGUAGUUCUGUAUUGAAAAAAUAAGUUAGUACUGUACAUUUUGUAAAUGGAAUCAUGUAUUAUAUUCUCGAUUGUCUGCCCAAUGCACUCGACGAUUAUCAAGGUUGCUGAACCCUAUACCAAAAUUUUUAUUCAGUUCUUCUAAAGACUGUGUUGUACUUUCAUGUUCAUAAUAUUUUUUGUAACGUCUGACCAGUACUAUACAACAUACGAUAAAAAUCACUUGGAUUAAAACCCAUGUUAUGAUUAGACCUACGAAGAGGGAGUAGUCUAGGCAAACCUCAUUUGUAAUAUAGUCUGCAAUAAAUUUAAUUUUAAAUUGU